AUUCUUUAUCAGAUCUUCCACUGCAAGUGAAUAUUACUGGCUCACCUAAGAACAAAAGACAAAGGCAUUGAGCUUGAUGAACUGCGAGUCAAUUAAAACGACGAACUUGCAACUAGUCAUCAAGUCGCUUUAACCAAAAUUUUCAAUUAACCUCAGAACAAAUUAGCAAGAAAGGGCAUUGAAUUUCUAUCUUGUACGAAAUGGAAUGUGGGGAUAUGGAUGAAAACUUGUAGUCGAUGACAGUGAAUCUUAACCGUGCAAAAUGGCUGGUACAUUAGAGACCUCAUCAUCCAUGACAACUGAGAGUGUGCUCAAUGGAACUACCCAGGAGUUGAACUAUGAUUGUGACUUCAAUGAUACCAGGAAUGGAACCUCGGUUGGCAUCUUUUCGAUUAGUGCAAAGACUGUCAUAUUAGUGACUUCAUAUUCGUUAAUUUUCGUGGUAGGCUUAAUAGGAAACGGGCUUGUUAUAUAUGUUGUAUUACGAUUCGCCAAAAUGAAGACAGUCACUAAUUUGUACAUCCUUAACCUUGCUGUCUCAGAUGCAUUGUUUUUGGCUAGUUUACCCUUUCUUAUUGUAACUACAAUCAUAAAACACUGGAUAUUUGGAACAGCCAUGUGCAAGAUUUACUUUGUGUUAUUUUCCAUCAAUUUUUUUGCGAGCGUAUUUCAACUUACUGCGUUAAGCGCUGACCGAUACCUUGCCGUCUGUCAUCCAGUGAGGUCCUCGAGGUAUCGGAACACUACCAUUGCUUUUCUUGUAUGUCUCGUUAUGUGGUCUGUCUCGUUCAUCAUUAUGCUCCCAAUUAUUCUGUAUUCGACCACAUAUGUCAACUCGUACACCAAUCAUCAGACCUGUACCAUAAUGUGGCCAGAAGGUCAAGCAAUCCCAGCAGACAAAGCAUUCACGUGGUACACGUUUUUGCUUGGGUUUCUUAUUCCAGUUUCAUUGAUAUCAGUCCUCUAUAUAUCCGUCAUAUUACGUUUACAAAACGUUGGCCCGGCAAUCAAAUCAAAGGAACGAAAACGCUCGCAUAGAAAAGUCACACGUAUGGUUUUAGCAGUGAUAUCAGUAUAUGUAGUGUGUUGGUUGCCGUACUGGGUGUUCCAGAUAAAUUUAACCUUCCAAAAACGUGACAUAGAGGAAUGGGAAAUCUAUCUUUUUAAUGGUCUAACUGUGCUACAAUUCGCCAAUAGUAUGUUAAAUCCUCUACUUUACGCUUUUUUGAGUGAAAAUUUUCGCCGCAGCUUUGUUAAGGCUUUUCAGUGUGCGUCAUCAAAUGAUGUAAACAAAAGCCUAUGUCAUGAAAACAGCGUUUUCCCCAAAUCUAGCCAAAAGAAAAAGACAUCGGUAGAGGAUAAGAAAAAAGCCGAGAAGUUUGAGAUGGCAACUAUGAUUACUACCGCUGAAAAUGUCAACCACCAACCAAAAAACGGAAGUGCAAGUUCUUUAAAUGAAGGAGACGGAUUAUACGUCGAUAAAGAGAGCCAAACUCUUCAAGAAGAUGUGUGAAAGCUGGACAGAAACUUUCUGUAAAAAAAACUUUUAUGUACUACCUUAUAAAACAGCAGUGGUUAUUUUGUUUUCCAGAUUGAAGAGUUUUAUUCUGUGUUGUAUUUUUCUAUAACUUGAACUUUGCCAACGAGACUUCAACACAUUCGACAAUGUUUUGUAGGAUUAUAUUGUUGAGCUGUCAUGUAAUUUUAAGGAUUUUAUCAUUUUUUAGGUUUUUAAAAUUAGUUGUAGGCGAUGUAAUUGAUAAAAUAUCAUAUGUCGACGAGAAAUAAUUUCGAGCUUUAUAUUUGUUUGAUGAAAUCUAUCGAAUACGUGUCUUGAAAAAAAGAAAUGUACGUGUUGUUUGUUAAAACUGUUUUGGACAACAUAUUUGUCAUAGGCCAUUGUGGUUUUGUUAUUUUGUUGUGUGUGAUCUUGUGAUAUCUCAGAAAAUAAAGCGAAGUUAUGGAA